CUUUCUUUACUCAGUUCCCUGGAUACAUUCCAGCCCCCUGCCUGUGAUUUGGGGCCAGAAGAGGGACUGGACAGUAGCUUUUGUGAAGGAGGUGACCCCAGAGUCUAAGAACAGCUGGGCCAUGGAGGACGUAAGUGGCCUCCCAAUGCAGGGGAAGAGACAGUGGGAGUCAGCUGUGGAGCCGGAGCACCAUGAGGUCUUCAACAGGCUGCUUGAGGAUCCUGUCAUUCAAAGAUUCUUGGCUUGGGACAAAAAACUGAGGGUGUCCGACAAGUAUCUCCUGUCCAUGGUAAUUGCUUAUUUUAGCCGGGCUGGUCUCUUCUCCUGGCAGUACCGACGAAUUCAUUUCUUCUUAGCUCUCUACCUGGCCAGUGAUAUGGAGGAAGACAACCAGGCCCCUAAGCAAGCCAUAUUUUUCUUUCUGUAUGGGAAGAGUCACUUCCAGCGCCCCAUGUUCCACAAGCUACGAUUUCAAUUCAUCCGUUCCAUGCGCUGGAAGAUUUGGGUUUCUCGGGAGGAAUGUGAAGAGAUUCAGGCUUAUGAUCCAGAGCACUGGGUGUGGGGGCGAGAUCGCACCCUCAUUCCCUAGAGCUCCUAAAGACCACAGAGUCCUGCAAUUAUUGGCCUGAGGAAACCAAGUUCUGCAUCUGUCCUUCAAUCUGCAACCUGUGAACAUCACACAGUAAAUACCAGAUUAAGAAAUAAGCAAUCAUAUAGAAGAGGAAGUGGAGAAAACUAGUUGUGUACAGUGUGCAAUACAAUAAGUAUUGUAGUUGAUCAGGAUAUAUAGAAAAAGAUAACUUUUGAUAGUAGAACAAUUUUAUAUUGUAUAUUUUCAAUUAUAUUUGUAAACAUGUUUUAAUCCAAAAGUGAGAUAUCGCUGAUUCAAAUGAGCACUAAAUCCCCCCCCAAAAGGAA